UUCUGAAGAGUCUUGAGCGCAGAGCAGCUGUGGGUGAAGCUGGGGAACUCAGAGGAUGCAGAGAAAAUACCUAGAGGUGCUCUUGGAAAGAACUCUGAGGAAAUUGCAGUGAAAGAGCCACGAGGGGCGCUCAGGAAGAAAGAAGGCUGGCUUAAAGAGAUCGAUCCCGGCCCAAGAGUUCUAGAGGAGACGCUUGCUGGGAGGAGAUUGGGGAUCCAAUGCAGAGAGAGCCCCGAGGGCAAUCACGGCGGCAGAGAACCCCAGCGUGGGGAGCGGAUCGAGCGAGGAAAUAGAUAGCUGAGCGGAGAUCUACCUAUCAGAGACCCACCCCCCACCCCCCCAGCGAUGGAUCACACUGGAGAGACCCUGGAGGGCGAUCACUUGGAGCUAACCCUGAGGAGUAUGGCACGAGGAGAACUCUGAAGGCGAUCACUGAGGGACAGGGACGCUUUCCUAACACUGGGGGACUUGGAGGGGGUGGAAGAGAGAAUCUCGUGGAGAGCACUUACAAGGGCUUCGCGCGGGGUCGAACUUGGUUUGGGAAAGCGUGGGGUCCCCGAGGGCAGCGCUGGCACAGAGCACCUCUCGCUGAGCAGCAGCGAAGAAGGAGGAGGAAACAGGAGGCUGACCCACGUGGGCCGGGGGGCACAGACAGGAAAAAAAGGAUUCCCAAUUCUGCCUUGUUUCCUGGGAGGAAGAAUGUGAAGAGAAAGCAGGUAUUGAGUAUCUACUAGGAGAAAUCACAGAACGAGGAAGAAACUGAGGCCCAGCACAGGGAAGGGACUUGCUCAAGGCCACCAAAACUUUUGGUGAGCUCAGCAUCCUCUUCCUACCCUGCUGCUGAGGCCUCCUAGGACCAUGGAGACUCCCAAUGGGACAGAGCCUUGGUAUGAGAGCCUGCAGGCCGUUCUGAGAGCCCUGAAUGCCACACUACACAGGAGCCUUCCUUGUCGGCCGGGACCAGGCCCAGGACCCCUGCUGGGUAACCAGACCCAAGCUCCCCAGACUGGCCGAGAUGACCAUUCCUACAUGUACAUCCUCUUUGUCAUGUUUCUCUUUGCUGCCACAGUCGGCAGCCUCAUCCUGGGCUACACACGCUCCCGCAAGGUGGACAAGCGCAGCGAUCCCUAUCAUGUCUACAUCAAGAAUCGAGUGUCAAUGAUCUGAUGCUGUGGGGAUGGCAAGGAGGUGGACCCAGGCCCGCUGAGACUGGCUAAGUCCUGAGGCCCCAGCUGGCAAGUGGGAUGCCAACGUUCCAGCCGUUCAGAUUCUGAGGUUGAAUCUGGCUGUACCAAAGAUCAUCCUAGGAUUUAGAGCUAGGUCUACAACAGCUCCAACCCCCUCACUUUACGGAUUGUGGAAACUGAAGCCCAGAGAGGGAAAGUGGUUUACCUUAGAUCACACAAGUGACUCAGUCCCUCAGUGCUCCCAUGUGUAAUUCAGUUCACCAAACACUUACUGCUCUGUUCACAGUGCUGUGGUAAGACACAGCAAAGAAUACAACGCAGUCCGUGUUGCCUUGUACCUUAUACUCUGGUGAAAGAGACAUGUGCACAGAUAAUCAUAAUACAAAGUAGAAUAUGCUAAGGACCAUAAUGAAAGUACAGACACAGGGCUGGAUGGGCAGAGGUGCUCAAAAGGAGAGAACAUUUCUCACUAGGUGGUGAUCAACGUUGACAUCUGGGUGGAGGAGGGGUGGGGGGUGGAGGACCAGGGAAGACUUCCUGGAAGAAGAGGCAGCAUUUGAAAUGUGUGUGUGUGUGUGUGUGUGUGUGUGUGUGUGUGUGUGUGUUUGUGUGUGUGUAUCAGGCAAAGCAAUCAUAGAAAGUGACGUCUGGCCCACAAAAGGAAGCCAUGCCAUGAUGCUGCAGCAUAGGAGACUCAGGAAAACCAGUUGAAAGACCUGAUAGCAGUCUACUCUGGGAGUCAACUGCUGCGAUCAAGCAUUUUCCUAGCAACAAUGAGCAAAAAGGAGUGUAUGAAAGAGAGUGAUCUCGAGGGCAGCCAAAUCUUCACUGGGAAGCCCAGAGUAUGAUUGAGAUGAAUUGUGGACAUAAGAGAUAGAAACAAGGCUGAGGAAUUUGGGGAUCUCUCCCAGCAGUGGCUGCCUUAGGCUCUGGGGUCAGCAUUUCCUCAUUGUGAGUUAAUGUUCAUUCCUUGUUAACUUCCGUGAGUUUCACAGCUCAAAGUUUGGAUACCAUCUGGAUGUCCCAGGAAGAUAGGGGUGCCUGAUUAGCUCUAUUUGUCUGUAUCUGGGUAGCAAAAGUGAGCCAGGGGCAUGGCACAUACUGUUCUAAUGACAAUAAAUGACCUCUGCUGAUUUAGCUGGUCCUAAGAAUGUCAGUCUGAAGCUCUCCCUCUCCUUCAUGAUUAAAGAUUAAUUUAAAGGAAGAGCCUGGCAUUUGUAGAGGAUUUCAAAACAGAGCUAUUGAGAGAGGUGAAGGAAGUUCAGGUAAAGGGAACAGUUGGUAAGCAGGGCACAGAAAAGGGAAAGGAUGAAACUUUGGUUCACCCCAUCUGGUUAAGACGUAGAGUAUAUGACGGGGAGCAGUACAAGAAAGCACUGAUAAGAUAGGUCAGACUUCAAGGCUCAAAAGACUUUGAAUGCCACAGUAAAGAGUCUGAACUUUGCCCUGUGGGCUAUUUGGAGCUACAGGAGAGAGAUGGGUUCUUAAAAGCUGUACUUUGGGAAGAUGAGCAUCAGGGUGUGAAAGAAGAGAAGGACAAUAGACAAUCAUAUACCUCACUCCAGAGUUUUAGAAAUCCCAGCAUGGGCCUCAAGAGCAAGUAGCUGAGAUAACCAGUAGGCACACUGAGCCAGAUGCCUUGGCCACCACCUCCACUGUUCCAUCCUCGGGAAUGGAAAGGGCAUGUUCCUACCCACCAGGCUUCCAGAUGUCGCCUUUGACCAUCCAGCAAGAAAUCGGUCAGAAGGAUAGGGGACUGAUGCCUGGGGGAUGGACUGAGUCAAUGGAAAAGAGAAGAUCGGGGGGCACAAGGGGAGGCAGAGAGGAGAGAGUCAGUGGACUGGGCUCCUGGAAUAUCUUCUUCCAUUGAAAAUAAUAACAAUCCCUCAAGUCUG